CUCGCCUUUCCGCUUCUUCCCCCCUCCCUGUCUUACCACAAUCCACAGAAAAUAAAAGAGAGAUAUUCAAAGGAUGUCUGCGCCCUAUUCUUGAUGUUGCCGUGUUUGACGACGACACGCGGAUCGCUCAGCAGUGCUAACGCCUUUGGAUUCUGUAAUCUUCUCACCAAGCGAACAAGUCUUGUCUUUUCUUCUAGGAAUCGAGACCAAUUGCAUACGAAGAAAUACGAGACCAUCUUACCCCCUUACUCUUUGGCCAUCUCCUGAGCUGUGUUUCUUCCACUUCUUGCGUUAGAAUCUUGCCUGGUGAUGGUUUAAAGUUGAGUUAGGUAAGUGGAUUCAACGAAUCAGAGGGAGCUGAGUACGCGCGGGUAAGAGCUGCCAAGAUGCUUGUUUGUAACGAGCAUAGAUCGAUGCUUUUUUCGGGACUUCGGAAAUGGUGAGGAGGGAGGUGAGCUGAUUUUUAGUCUACGCUUUUGGGGGGAGGUGCGUUGUGUGGUAGAGGAGGAAUGUUUGCGAUGCUUGACUACAUACUUGGUAGAUGACUAUAUACAGUAGUUUAAAUAAGAUAGUUUUCUCCCCCUCCAAAAAUCAUCCAGAGCUAGCUAUCCCAUCUUCCACCCCAGAAACAACAACUUCAACCACCAGGAAACGACUCAAUCUCACAAGAAUUAUUGCCCUCCCAGAGAAAAAGAGAAUGGCAUACCCGGGAACCCUCCACACCUACACCCGGCGCCUCGUAGCCUUCGAGCACGCCCCCUCCACCCCGCGCCCCGCCCACUCCCCAGCAACAAACACCCUCCUCUGCAUCGGCGGUCUGAGCGACGGUCUCCUAACAAACACCUACCCGUCCAAAAUCGCCGCACACCUCCCUCCAAACUGGCGCGUCGCAGAAGUGCUGCUCACCUCAUCCUACGGCGGCUGGGCAACCGGCAACCUCGCACGUGAUGCGCGCGAAUUGGGCGAGUGCGUGCAGUACUUCCGGUCGCUACCCUCCUCCCAACCUUCUCCAAUCUCAGGAGAAAGCGUCGAAAACGGCAGCAAGCGCGACGGAAAAGUCGUUCUCAUGGGCUGUUCGACGGGGUGCCAGGACGCGCUCGAAUACGUGAUUGGCGGCGAGCGAGCGCUCCGCCAGGCCGUCGACGGGAUUAUCCUGCAGGCUGGGGUUUCCGACCGCGAGGCUUGGAUCGAGCUUGCGCCGACUAUGCCGCAUCCUUCUGUUCCUGGGGAGACUAUGGCGGCGCUGCUUGAUGCGGCCAUUGCUACUGCUACGCGGCUUAAGGAUGAGGGGAGGGGCGAGGAUAUCAUGCCCAAGGAUGUGGAUGUUGUGAGGAUGGUUAUGGGCGAUCCUACGACUGUUUAUAGGACGUGGAGUUUGCUUGCGGAAGGCGGAGAUGAUGAUUUCUUCUCGAGCGAUGCUGGGGAUGAUGUUGUGAGGAGGGUGUUUGGUGGGGUGGGGAAGGGGGUUAGGGUUGCGGUUAUUUGGGGGAGUGAGGAUGAGUUUGUUCCUAAGGGGGUUGAUAAGGUGGGGACUAUUGGGCGGUGGGGGAGGGCUGUUGCGGAAGGUGGUGCGGUUUUCGAUGAUGAAGUUAGUGGCGUUGUGCAAGGUGCUUCGCAUACGCUGAAUAAAGACCCCGAGCCUGUGGUCAUGGAAUUGAUAUCGCGGGUUGUCAAGUUCGUCCAGGCUGUGGAGGCUAGCUAGCCAGCUCAAUAUUGUUGCACGCAGACCGGUAGAUGUCGACACAUAGAUAGACAUGAAUACGGAAUAGAAUCUAGACAAUAGCAAUAAUAACGCU